AUGGUUGCUAAAAGUUCACAAUCUACUUCAACGGUAGUAUCCUCAUUAGUUGCCAAUCUUGUACUAUUUGGGGUAUUUGUUGGUUGCUUUAUCCUCUUACGAUUGAAAUUUAGACGUAUCUACAGUCCUAAAUCUUCAUUUGAUUUAGUUCCCGAGGAAAAGAAACCAGAACCACUACCCAAGGAUCCAAUUAGAUGGAUCUUUAUCUUGUUGACUAAACCAGAGUCUUUUAUACUACAACAAGCUGGUUUGGAUGGUUAUUUCUUUUUAAGGUAUUUGAAAAUGUUUGGUUACUUGUUUACUUUUGGCCUACUCACUUGGAUCAUAUUGCUACCUAUUAAUGCCUCUAAUGGAAAUCAUCUUGAAGGAUUUGACCAAUUAUCAAUUGCCAAUGUUAAACAUGAAAAGCGAUAUUAUGCUCAUGUAUUUAUUGGUUGGAUAUGGUAUGGCGCCGUGAUUUAUGUAAUUUACCGCGAAUUGUUUUUCUUCAAUUCAUUGAAAAAUGCAGUGUUAUCAACACCUAAAUAUGCCAUGAGUUUGCCGGCAAGAACAGUUUUGUUUCAAUGUGUACCUGAUUCCCUUUUGGAUGGCAAACAAAUUUUCAAAAUCUUCAAUGGUGUUAAGCGAAUUUAUGUAUCAAGAACUUCAAAGCAAUUGGAAGAUGCAGUCAAUACAAGAGCAGCAAUGGUUAAUCGAUUGGAAAUUGCUGAAAAUAAAUUGUUGAAGAAAGCCGUCAAGAAUAAAAUGAAGGCUGAUAAAAAGGGGGUUACUUUGGAACCAGCUGAUGAAAUCAGUGCUUAUGUACCGGAAAAGAAACGUCCUAGAUAUAGAGCAGGUGGACUCUUUUCAUCAAAAGUGGAUACAAUAAGACACUGCCAGGAACAAAUUCCCAUUUUGGAUGAAAAAGUUAAACAAUUGCAAAAGAAAUUUAGACACACCCAACCAAACAAUUCUCUCUUUGUUGAAUUUUAUGAUCAAUACCAUGCACAAUUGGCUUAUCAAACAGUGAUUCAUCACAAUCCACUUCGUGUAUCCCCUGCUUAUAUUGGAGUAGCGCCUGAGGAUGUACAAUGGCGAAACUUGCGUAUUUUUUGGUGGGAAAGAUUGACGAGAAGAGCAUUGGCAUUUGCGGCAAUUUGCGCCGUUAUUGUAUUCUGGGCCGUUCCCGUGGCAUUUAUUGGUGUUAUUUCCAAUUUCAAUUACUUGACCAAUAAAUUACAUUGGUUAAGAUGGAUUGAAAAUUUGCCAGACCAAUUAUUGGGUAUAGUUACAGGUAUUUUACCCACGGCAAUGCUUUCGCUUUUGAAUAUGCUUUUACCAAUGUAUAUUCGUGCCAUGGCUAAAGUUGCUGGUGCCAUUUCAUAUCAAAGUAUUGAAUUGUAUACACAACUGGCUUAUUUUGGAUUUUUAAUUGUCAAUGGUUUCUUGGUUACUGCAUUGGCAUCUUCAGCAACAGCAACUGUUACACAAAUUAUUGAAGAUCCAACUUCUGCAUUGGAUAUCUUGGCGGCAAAAUUACCAUUAUCGUCGAAUUUCUACAUUUCUUAUUUGACUUUACAAGGUAUGGGUAUUGCUGGUGCCUCAUUGUUUCAAGUUGUUGGAUUGUUUUUGUAUUACAUUUUGGGGUAUAUGUUGGAUAACACUGUGAGGAAGAAAUGGAAUAGAUUUAGUGGAUUGGGAACAGUUGCAUGGGGCACGGUAUUUCCCCUUUUCACUCAAUUGGCCACAAUCUCGUUGGCAUAUUCUGUUAUUUCACCAUUGAUUAUUGCUUUUGGAUUGAUUGGAUUUGCAUUAAUCUACAUUGCAUAUUGUCAUAAUCUCACGUAUUGUUUUGUUGAAGGGCCUGAUACUAGAGGUCAACAUUAUCCUCGAGCAUUAUUUCAAACAUUUACUGGUAUUUACAUUGGACAAUUGUGUAUGCUUGCCAUAUUUGCUGUUGGUAAAGGUUGGGGCCCCAUUGUUUUGCAAGUUAUUGCCCUUGUGGCGACAAUCUUCAUUCACGUCAACCUUUAUCAAUCAUUUAGUCAUUUGUUGCAAGUUGUUCCAUUGGAUGCAAUGCGUGCGUUGGAUGGUGUUUCCCAAACAUGUUCAUUCAAGGGAGAAUCUGAGUUUAAACAACGAAUUAUUGAAAGGAAGAGGCAUGAUAAUGAUCCCAAAUUUGAGAAAAAGUAUCUUGCUGAACAACAAGAGGAAGAGCGGAUUAAACGAAGCGUGCUUGAAAAAGUCCGUCAAUAUGACCCUGAAACUGAUAUUGAUACAUCAAACAUAUCCGUGGUUCCAUUACUAGCCGAUCGUGAUAUGAAGUCAACAAAAUCAAACAAUUUCUUGAUUCGAUUCAUUAGACCUGAUGUGUUUCUCAAUUUUCGUCAUGUAAAGAAAUUGGUUCCGGCAACAUACAAUGUUGAACCCAAGCCCACUGACGAUAAGCAUGCUUAUGAUGCUCCAGCUAUUUCUGCCAAAUGUCCUGGGGUUUGGAUUCCUAGAGAUCCAAUGGGUUUAGCUGAUAUCGAAGUUAAGCAAUUGUCGAGUGUUGUUGAUAUCAGUGACGAAAAUGCUGGUUUUAAUGAAAAGGGGAGAAUUGAAUUUUUGGGUAAACCUCCAAAUUAG